UUUGGCAUCUCGUGGCGAGCGGACGUAUACGUUUCUCGUGCUGUGAUAAAUAUUUUCAUUUAGCAUUGUGGCCAGUGCAUCAAUACAUUCCAAAACCACCAUAACAGCAGCAGCAACGCGACCACCGAGCUUAAUCCAUUAACUAGAGGAACAAGCGAAGCAAACCCACUCUUGACCAAGUUCCCUGCAAACUCGUUUCAAGCCAAAAGCAACAAAAACUACAAAAGAGUUCAAAUAAAGCCAAAACAUGUCAUCGAAUCGUGCACCCAAAUCUGGUUUCGCCGCUGAGGCUCAGCGUAAAAUCAACUCCAAAUAUAGCGAGGAACUCGCUCAGGAAUCGCUCGAAUGGAUUAAGGCUGUAACUAGCGAGCCCAUCAACACGUCCGGUGACACGGACAAUUUCUUUGAAGUACUCAAGGAUGGCGUAAUUCUAUGCAAAUUGGCCAAUGCCCUGCAACCCGGUUCCAUCAAGAAGAUUAACGAAAGCAAAAUGGCAUUCAAGUGCAUGGAGAAUAUUUCGGCAUUUUUGGAGUGCGCUAAGAACUUUGGAGUGCCCACACAAGAAACAUUCCAGAGCGUUGAUCUGUGGGAACGUCAAAAUUUGAACUCAGUCGUCAUCUGUCUGCAGUCGCUGGGCCGAAAGGCCGCCAACUUCAAUAAGCCGUCGAUCGGACCUAAGGAGGCGGAUAAGAACGUGCGCAACUUCAGCGAUGAGCAGCUGCGUGCCGGCCAGAAUGUCAUCUCCCUGCAGUAUGGCUCUAAUAAGGGCGCCACCCAGUCGGGCAUCAACUUUGGUAACACCAGACACAUGUAGACAACAUAUUCCAACACUUCAGGACAUUCCGCAAAAACGCCAAAACUCAAUCUUUUUCCGCUUGUAAACAUUCGCAAAUAAUGGCAUUCCACAAAAGUCAAGAAGUUAAUUAGAUUAUGUAUUUAUGAUAUGGUACCAUCAUGUAUUUCAAUUUGAGACAAUUGCACCAGGCUUUUGCUGUAUGUAAUACCAUAAACUAUUUUUAAUUUAAUACGAUUAAGUACAUAUGGAUGAAUUUUUAAAGAAUUAACUAUUGCUAUUUUCAACAACGAUAUCCCACUGCAUUUUGGCACGAUCAUUACUUUUACAAAUUUACACGUAUAGGACUACAUACGUUUAUGACCAACUGCACUCAAAUCUCGUGCCAUGACGGAGCAGAGGGGCCAAUUGGGAGGUGGGAAGUGUCUCCUUGAAAUUGAUUGUGAGAUAUGAUGUAUAACGAACAUUUUGCCUUUCACAAAGUACCGCAAAACUUAAUUGAAAUGUUAACAAUGGUGUCUUCUAUCUCGUAGAGUAUGGUUACAACCACCUGAUGUUUUUAUCAUUAACUAAGCAUUUAAAAGAAAACAUAUAAAAACAGUUUAAAAGUACCUAUAAUUAUUACUUAGAAUGAACAAUUAUACCCGUUUCCCAUGUUGAAAAUAAAUAAUUAUUCUUUUAAAAAAUUAA